AUGAAAUGUUCCUCACUCAGUUCGGACCUACUAUCCCUAGACCCUCCACCCUAUCAUCCCCCUCCCCUCACACCCCAGGCCCUGCCUGCAGCAGCCGCCCCACUAGUUGCCCCCCUAGGGGAACCGGGAGGACGGGAAGCGGCAGCUGCGCUGGAAGCAGGAGGACGGGAGGCAGCAGCCGCGCCGGGCCCCAUUGAAAAUGAAACCAACCACGAGGGGCCAGCCGGCCGAACCCGCAGGCACAUCCAGCGUGAGCCAAACCCUCACUUCCCUGACUCCACUGUGGCCCUACCCCUGCGGGAAAUAGGACCCCCCGAUGGAACAGGCAACCCCCGACUCCAGUAUUGGCCCUUUUCCACCAGUGACCUUUACAACUGGAAAACACAGAAUGCUCGAUUCUCUGAUAACCCUAAAGAUCUAAUAGCUCUUUUAGACAGUGUCAUGUUCACGCACCAGCCCACCUGGGACGACUGUCAGCAGCUCCUCCGCAUCCUGUUCACUACAGAGGAGCGAGAGAGGAUCCAAUUAGAAGCAAGAAAGCUGGUUCCCAGAGACGACGGUCCAACAUCUAACCCUGACCUCAUUAAUGCGGCUUUCCCCCUAACCAGACCUCCACAGGAUGAAUGGGACUACAACACGGCAGAAGGUAGGGGAAGGCUACUCAUUUAUCGCCAGACUCUGAUGGCGGGUCUCCGGGCUGCAGCUAGCAAGCCCACCAAUUUGGCUAAGGUAUAUUCGGUCGUACAGGGAAAAGCAGAGAGUCCAGCUGCUUACUUAGAGAGAUUAAUGAAAGCCUUUAGGCAGUUUACCCCCAUGGAUCCAGAAGUUCCUGAGAACCAGGCUGCUGUCAUUAUGUCCUUUGUAAAUCAAGCAGCUACUGACAUUAGAAAAAAAAAAGAAAAAAAACUCCAAAGGCUAGAGGAUUUAGAAGGUAAACAGAUCCAGGAUCUGCUCCAUAUAGCACAACGGGUCUACAACAGGGACGCCCCAGAAGAGAGACAGAUCAAGGCCACAGAGAAAAUGACUAAAGUCCUGGCCGCUAUAGUCCAGAAAGAACAGCCACCCCCAGAAGGCACUCAAACAACAUGCCCUCCCAGGCGAAACUUAGAUAAAGAUCAAUGCGCCUAUUGUAAAGAAAAAGGCCAUUGGAUACGAGAAUGCCCCAAGAAGAAACAACCCUGCCCCAGCCAAGGGCAAUGGCAGCCUAAAAUAGCCCCCCUACUGUUUACCCAAGAUACAGAAUAGGGAGGACAGGGUUCAGAUCCCCUCCCCAAACCUAGGGUAACAUUGCAAGCGGAGGGGACACCGGUCCAGUUCCUAGUUGAUACCGGGGCACAGCACUCAGUUCUGGUCAAACCCCAUGGAAAAGUAUCUGAAAAAUCAUCCUGGGUACAAGGGGCCACCGGAAUAAAGAAGUACCCCUGGACAACUCAGAGGACUGUGGACUUAGGAACUGGGAAGGUAACACACUCCUUCCUGGUCAUUGCUGACAGCCCCUGCCCCCUGUUGGGGAGGGAUUUGCUUACCAAAAUGGGGGCCCAAAUUCAUUUCCAACUGGGGGGAUCGCCAGCGGGGAGCGAGGGCGGGGCUGAGGCUCGCGCAGCUGCGGGCAACGCCAUGGCGUCCUGCAGGUCGCCGCCGGGACACGCAUCCCCGGGGCGCAGCCCCGCUUGA